CCUUCCCCUGGCAGUACAAGUAGCUCGGUACGUUACACAGGCAUCAGACUCGUUAAAAAAGUCUGAUACAUAUAUGACCGUAUUUUGUAAAACUACAACUUGAGUACUAUUAAAGAGCAGAAUACUGUACAGUGUCUAUUGACCGAAGAAACUGAUACUACAUAGAAGAUUUAUAAUAAAAAUAUAUAUUUUAGACUUGAUAUAACAAUAUAUAAUAUCUCAUAUCUGAUAUUUGUAGAUCUGAAUCACGCCACAAAGACAGAAAAACUACAGCAAGGAAACCAGUGUCUGCUGAAACUGAUGUCUCCCCCCGAGAUACUUCACUCGCUCACACUGACCGGUGUAAAUAGCUGUUAUCACGUUUCCUUAGUGACAUUAGAUGGAAUCUGGGUCAGCGAUCAUAAAAGCAAUCUCAUCUUCAGAGACACAACAUCUGUCUCUACACAUCGUGUGUGGGAUUUAUGUAGGGAUGUAUAUGGAUUACACACAGUAAAGAAUAAGAGUGAACUAAUUUAUAUUGAUAGAAAUUAUAACAUCAACAAACUGUCAAGGGAUAUGAAAACAAGAACCACCAUUUUAGAGAGAACAGACUCUACAUGGGAACCGCGGUGUGUGUACUGGUCCCGAAUAACUGGGGAUCUACUGGUCGGGAUGUAUAGAGAGAUAACAGAGUGUACAGGGAAAGGCAAGGUAACCCGGUACGACCAGAUUGGACAACUGAUUCAAACCGUACAGCACGACAAUACAGGGCUGGAACUGUAUAGUGGACCUCUCUAUGUAACAGAGAACAACAAUGAAGACAUCGUGGUGUCUGACUUUACAGCUGUAGUGGUGACAGAGCGUGGAGGAAGACAUCGUUUCACCUAUACAGGACACCCAUCAGGAUCAGAACUACAGCCACAUGGAAUUUGUACCGACGCGCUUUCACACAUCCUGCUGUGUGAUGAUACAACUAAAACCGUACAAAUCAUAGACAGGGACGGACAGUUUCUGUCAUAUCUACUGACAGAAUCAGAAGAGAUUAUUGAACCAUGUGGCAUUAAUUAUGAUGUUGACACACACCGUCUCUGGGUCGGAUCAGGGAACAACAACACGGUGGUUAUAUACAGGUAUAUCACCAGACAGGACGCUCUGACAGAUAAGCAAACUCACAGUCCUGAUGGGGAGGCAGUGUCAAGCUCAACACCAGCCAUGGAAUGGAAAUAGCUUGGAUAUUGGUGAUGGGUUGCAAAUGUUUCUUGCAAAUCCAAUUUGCUCUAGAAGCCACACCUGAUGUUUGUUGAUCAACAUUAGCAGCUGAAAUUGACCUGUGUUCAAUUCACACUGACUCUUGUUCAUUUCACACGUUGUGAUAAUCUAAACAAUGGUUAAUAUAGCUAUAUAUAAAACUAAAUACAUAAAUAGUCAUAAAAGAUUUCUUAAAUAUGUAUAAUUUAAAGUUGAACUAUAAUUGAUCACUAAAUCAAAACUGGCUGUUCUAGACACCGGUAAAGAUUUUAACUUAAAUAUUGAAUGUCCAUGCAAAUUUAAGAUAACCAUUAUAACAUUUAUAGAUUUAAAAACCUACUAAUGGUUUCAGAUCAACCAAAGGGUUAAGUGAGCAUCUACGAUCAAGAUGUAUACAUUUUCUUCUGUUCUUGGAAUGUAAAUUUGUUCACAUGUUCUUCCUUUCCUUAUAUAGCAUUCCUCAAAUUACAACGCAUUAAUGAGUGAAAGGGAUUCAAAUUUGUUCACAUGAAGGGUCAAACCCUAAAUAAAAAGCGAAAACAAUAUGAAUUAUUGAAAAGUACUAAGCAGUAUUAAAAAAUCCUGUCAAGUACAUUUUGGCAAGAAAGCUAUCACUUUGGUAAAAAUAUUCUCUGGUUGUAUAGAUUCAUGUUUGUUUAGAACUCUCUAUCCGUCUGUCCAGAUUAUGAUCCCCUAGGGUAGUAUGGAGCCUCAAUGUGAAUGGGGGGGGGGGUUACAUUGGAAAAAAUAGAGAACAAUCUUUAAAAUAAUAUGUUUGACGGUGUGACCGUUGGGGCGAGCGCAGAAGGAACCACACAUCUGUCAUCAUCGUUAAAUGCAACCCGUGGACUUGCCCUAACCAAAAAACUUUGGCUUUGUCUCGAAAACUUUUACCACCGCAAGGAAUCCGAAGUUAUCAAACUUUUAUUCCAAUGGUCCCUUCCUAGGCUUUUACAUUUAACAAACUACCACUGAGCAUUAAUACAAUGUUAAACAGACUUAUUAAAAUAUUUAUAUAAACAAAAAGCCGUUUUUUUAUGUAAAUACAAUUAUUUGCUAUCAUUACUUUACCUUUUAAUAAUGAUCAUUAAAAUCAGUAAACAAUAAAUUGUGUCUGUUAUUUCUCAUUCUGUUCCUUGCUGUUACCGGUGUUUUAAUUAUUUUCCUUUGUGACAUCAAUUUUGGGGUUUUUUGUACGCUCUAUAAGCGUUGUAGACAUGUGCCCUCACUCUUUUUUAGUGUAUGGUAUCCAAUAUUUUUGAAAGGUUUGACCACAUAUGCAACUAUAACAAAAACAUGUAGAUAUUUUAGCAGUUCAAUUGUUUUCCUUUUAUUUAUUCAUUACAAAAUGACGUGGCUGCACGUAGAUCUAAUAACUAUUGGACUUUUCUUUUUUAGUAAUUUUUGUCACCUACCUAACGUAUGCAUAUAUGAUUGGAUCAAUAUGACAGUAAACUUAGCAUGGAACUUGCAUGUGUAUUUACUAAGCAAAAAAAUUAUCAAAACAAACUAAUCAGCCAAAGAGUCACCGUUAACACUGAUACUAAGUUCUUCCUACACGUUUCAUCCAAUACAGAUGCUUGAUCCACCUCUAAAUGUAUCGCGGGAAAUUAAAACGCGAGAUCACUGUGACGUCAUACUUUACUUUCUUUUGCGCUCGACAGUUUUCGUAAAUUUGUCGAACAAAUUCGGGGAAGGAAAUGACGUCAUAUGUCAGCAAAAGUUCAGAUAGGUACAGGUUUUUUUAGGUAAGCAAAUUGGUUGCAUACGUUUGUGUUUUUGAAGGACUUUUUAUUGGUAAAUGAAAAUGAUGUAUGCACAUUACAGGUAAGAAUUUUCCUUAGAAACGCUUCCUGUUCCGCCAUGUUGCAUAUGCACCGCAAAGGAUCACUGGGAUAGUAGAACGUUUUCACGCGGGUCCACAAAAUUUUCUUUGAACAAUGUGCAGAUUUCAACUCAAAUGUCCUCCUUUCGUACACGUUGUCUAUGGAGCUCGCAACGCGAGCGGCGCUUUGCGCCGCCUCGCUCGCUAUAAUUUUCUAGAAGUAAAGCAACCAAAGGGGCUCCGUAUAUUGAGAGAACAGGGUUUGAUUUUUUCAGAUUCCACGAUUAUUCUGUUUCUCUUUGAUGUUUUAGUUCAAAAUUUAUCAUUAUUUUCACUGGUAAAAAAAAAUCAAAGGGCUUGCAAAGUAGCUUUUUUAUGCUAAAUCCAACGUCCCCUGCUCCGGUAAAUGGGCCUUACAUCCCUGGAGCAUUUGAAAAUAUUUGAAAAUCAGAAUAUAUCAUCUAUCAACAUGACUAAGUUGUCUAGAUAUUUCUGAUAUGGCACUCCAAUGACGGUCUACAGCUUUUUGUUUGCUAUUGUCGCUCAGGUGAGCGAUGUUGAACUUGGGCUUAAUGUUUUAUUUGCAUGUAAUUUUUGAAUCACAAAUCAUAUCAUUGAUUAGCUAAUCAUAUUUGAAUUUUAAUUGACCCUAAUGCCAUAUUCACCGGGUUUUUUUUUUUUAGAAGAAAUUACCAGCGAAAUAUUUCCUGGGAUGGAUCAUUAUACAUUUAUAUUGUUUGAAUGUCAACUUCCCAUUUGAAAUUAAAGUCAUUUCCCUGUUUAAGAUACGGAGUAGAUACAACAUAAUCUUGUUAAAAUUGAUUUACCCAUAAUAAUUUAUAUUUUUGUUUAUGAAAUAGGCAUUAAGUAACAUCGAAGUAGUUGUCCCAGUAAAGAAUGGGGGUAUAAAAAUAAAAAUAAAAAAAUGUAACAAAAUAUUUAUUUCAGACUUUCCGUUCUUGUAGUCCAUAAAUGCACGUUAAAGAAUCGGUUUCUGAAUAAACAAAAUAAUCGUCGGAUGUUUUUGAAAACACGUGCACGAUCGAGCAAUUGCUACAUGUGCUGCGUUUUAUUUUGAAGCAAUGGCUACAUGUGCCGUAUUACGAACAGAUUAAAUCCAUAUAAAUCUAAGCUUUAAAUUGUCAUCGGCGAUUGAAAGGUAUGAGAGAAUCAAAAAAAUGUAAUAGAAAUUCGUCGUAACAAAAUAACUUGCACAAAGCGACGGCAUAGCUAUAACAUUACAAAAUGAUUUACAGAACCUGAAACCAAAAAAAGUCUUCCCUCUGAAUUUUUUGAAGGAUGACUGACGAAAGUACAGAAUGACUUCACAGGUUUGGCUAAUAGCCCAAAAUGUAAGGCCGAUGGUAAGGCUAAUACCAGGAGGCGCAGGUUAUUGUGGGAAUAAUAUUUGUGAAAUAUGUGCCUAGAUUUAUCAUUUCAUAGUAAAAUAAAACGUUUAUAUUAUAAAAUCUUAACAUGGUUUCCCUUUGAUAAAUGGACUUAACUCUGAUUAGUUAAAUAAUAUUUAUAAAGAAAUAUUUUAGAUUUCUUUUUUUACGCGAGAACUAUAUCCGUGAUUCAACCGGUUGCAUCAAGCAGCGAGAAUAUAAAUUCGUAAACACCAAGUUGUAAGCAUAAUUUCAUUUAGUUUUCAUAUGUCCGAAAAAUAAAAGCGAUAUUUUACAAACCGCGAAAUGUGCUUCCCGCAAUUUUACGCAGAUAAUGUUUUAAGUAGGAAUUUUCAGUAUUGAUAAAUCUACCUUUAUAUCAGUGUCAAGUUGUUUUCUAAUAACUUGAGAGAUAAAAAUGCUAUAGUAACGUACAUUUGUUGCUUUUUUUAAAACGACGUAUGCAAAGACUCCAAACACCCACGACCGGAAGUUUAAAUCCGAUUUCCGUCAUAUCACCUGUUGAUUACAAGAAGUCAAAAAAUAUUUGUGACUUUAGUCUAGUUCAUAAAAUUUUAAGAUAAGGUCUCAAUCAUGUCUGAAUGUCCUCUACUUGUUUUUCUAAUGAUCCCUUUUUCUUAUUUUUAAAGCAGAAAAAUGAACGUACGAAGUCUGUUUCAACAUUUUUUUUAUCUAACCCUUUCACUAUAAAAAAACGAUGUUAUUGCCUGCUCCGUAUAUAAGAUGAAUUAUACACAGUAGAAUGUUGUUAUCUUUACUUAUACAUUUGAAUUUUUAUUUUUAUUUUUAUUU